AUCAAUCUGGGGAAAAAAACCUCCCUGUCAGACUGUUUUCAUCUCUUCUCUUCUUUUCGUCAAAAUGGCGGAGGAAGGAAACUCAAGCUCUUUUGUUGCAACAUUUGACAAACUGAUUUGUGAAGAUAACUCCGGCACAGAUGAGAACCCGCUCUACUCAAGCCAAGACAAACAGCAAGUGUCCAUGUCCAUGCCAAGGCUUGAAUCCAGUCGGAUUCCUUACAGGCUGCUGACAGUGAUCCUUGCAGUGAUGGCUGUCAUUCUCCUGGCCAUAAACAUUGGCCUGGGAGUCUAUUACAACCAACUCACUGGUAGGCAGCAAACAAUAAAAGACAUCCACAGCGAGGUGGCCAAACUGCAGGCUGGUUACAAUGCAGCGAUACAAGAAAGGAUCGAUGCCAAGAAGCAGCUGGACAGAGAACUGGGUGAGCAGCAGCGACUCAAGUGGGAGCUUGAACAUCAGACCAGAAGAUCCAAAGACUACGAGAAGCAGAUUCACAGAAUUGAAGAUGAAGUCUCCGAGUUGAAAGCCCUCAUACCACUACUCAGCAUGGGUUGUAGACACUGUAAUCCGGGAUGGACGUUCCUGCACCUUAGGUGUUACUACUUUUCUUUCUCUGAAACCCUCAAACAAAGACCGUGGAAUGACGCCAGAAGUUGGGAGGCGACUUGGCAGUGAUAGACACCCGGGAAAAAACCGUAAGACGCGACAUUUAUUCUGACGAAACCUGUAUUUCAAUGUUUGCAAUAAUCAUUUUUACAUUUACAUUUUAUAUUAUCUUUUUUUGGGCAAGCUGCAUUGUGUUGUAUGGAUCUUGACAAAAUAAACAAAUGUGUAUGUAUCA